GAUGGCUGAGGAGGAGGGCGUGAAGGAACGACGGAAGCCGGGAGGGACCUGGGGCGAACGGGAACCCGGACCAGGCUUGUGUUCGGUUUCUUGGCGGGGCUGGGGUUCCGAUGUGGUCCCCGGAGCGGGAGGCCCAGGCCCCGACCGGGGGAGACCCGGCGGGCCUCCUGCCGCCCGAGUGGGAGGAGGACGAGGAGCGCAUGUCUUUCCUGUUCUCCGCCUUCAAGAGGAGUCGCGAGGUGAACAGCACCGAUUGGGACAGCAAGAUGGGCUUCUGGGCGCCGUUGGUGCUGAGCCACAGCCGCCGCCAAGGGGUGGUGCGCCUGCGUCUGCGGGACUUGCAGGAGGCCUUCCAGCGCAAGGGCAGUGUCCCGUUGGGGCUGGCCACGGUGCUGCAGGACCUGCUGCGUCGAGGGGAGCUGCAGCGAGAAUCAGACUUCAUGGCCAGUGUGGAUAGCAGCUGGAUCUCCUGGGGGGUUGGAGUCUUCCUGCUGAAGCCUCUGAAGUGGACUCUGUCUAACAUGCUGGGGGAUAACAAAGUUCCAGCUGAGGAGGUGCUCGUGGCUGUGGAGCUGCUUAAGGAAAAGGCUGAGGAGGUGUACCGCCUGUACCAGAACUCGCCCCUCUCCUCACACCCUGUGGUGGCCCUGUCGGAGCUGAGCACUCUGUGCGCCAACUCCUGCCCAGACGAGAGGACCUUCUACCUGGUACUGCUGCAGCUGCAGAAGGAGAAGAGAGUCACGGUCUUGGAACAGAAUGGAGAGAAGAUUGUGAAGUUUGCCAGGGGGCCACAUGCCAAGGUGUCGCCUGUCAAUGACGUGGACGUUGGGGUCUACCAGCUGAUGCAGAGUGAGCAGCUCCUCUCUCGAAAGGUUGAGUCUCUAUCCCAAGAGUCCGAGAGGUGCAAAGAGGAAGCCCGCCGGGCAUGCCGAGCAGGAAAGAAGCAGUUGGCACUGAGGUCUCUCAAGGCCAAGCAGAGGACAGAGAAACGCAUUGAGGCCCUGCACGCCAAGCUGGACACUGUUCAAGGCAUCCUGGAUCGCAUCUACGCCUCCCAGACAGACCAGAUGGUUUUUAAUGCCUACCAAGCUGGUGUGGGAGCCUUGAAACUCUCCAUGAAGGAUGUCACGGUGGAGAAGGCAGAGAGUCUUGUGGAUCAGAUUCAGGAGCUAUGUGACACGCAGGAUGAAGUUUCUCAGACCCUGGCUGGUGGGGUAACCAAUGGUUUAGAUUUUGACAGUGAGGAACUGGAGAAGGAGUUGGACAUCCUCCUUCAGGACACCACCAAAGAACCUUUGGACCUGCCUGACAACCCCCAUGAGACGCUUUAUACCAACAGUGUGCCUAAGCCUAGGAUCUUGGAUGCUGAACUUGAAGCUGAACUUGAAAAACUGUCCCUAUCAGAAGGAGGUUUGGUCCCAAGCAGUAAAUCUCCAAAAAGACAAUUGGAGCCAACUCUCUAAAGCCAUUGCAGGAACUCAAGUAAAGGACCCUCAUGUAACAGAGAGGCAGCCUUGUGUGUGUACAUAGUUAUUUAAUGAGAAACACUGAGAAAUUGUUGAAAGAGGAGGGAAGAACCACUUUUGUGUAUCUGGAUGCUGCCACUCAUGACAGGACAGAUACAGCUUCUGGAAGCCAUGCUGUGAAGGUGUGCUCCCAGCUGAUGUCAUGGACCUACCUUCUCGUCUUUAGAGUGCCACAAUUUAUACAGUUCUGUGUUUGACCUGUCGUCUCAUAGCCUGCAGUUCUCGCCUUUGGCUCCGUUAGCUUUGUCCUUACCCACCAGCUUCACUCCAGCCAGGGACGGUGAAAGGUCUGCAGCUUUGCCCAUCAAAGCCAGGCCUCUCUUCCACUCUUGAGGUCUUUAAAACAAUUUUGUUAUCUGCAGUGCAGUUAAACUGCUCCCCAUCCUCUACUUUAUGGGGAUUAAGAAUGAGAGUCAACCAAGAAUGGGAUUAAGACUGGGAUUAAGAAUGAGAGUCAACUCAGAGAGACCUGACGGCCGAGUGUCUGGAGAAACAUUGUCCACAUGAUGUCUCUCUACAUGCUUUGUCACAUUCCCCGGGUGUUCAUGGCUCUGAAUGGUUCAGGGUCAUGGCAGUUGUGGGGGUGGCUUAUUGACUGGGGGCCACAACCUCUUCUGUCUUAGGCAGAAGCCGAUCUGCUGAUGGGGUGGGGAGAGGGCUAAUCUGUAUUUUGAACUUGAGUAGGAGAAACCUAAGUAACCUACAGGGCCCCAUGGUGUAAAAGAAGCUAAGUUUUUGCUUUGGCCCCAUCAUAAAUUAUGUGUUUUCUGGAGCAAGCCACACAGUGCCACAUUCCCUGUCUCUUGAGCCUGACAUUCAACUGGCAGGCUCCCUGUUAGGAUCUGGAAAGCGUCUCGUGGCGCAUCCACCACUCAGGGCAGGGGCCCGAGCCAGAAUGUGCAAUAGAAGGAGGUGGCGCUGGCCUGCUGCACCUGCUGUGUGCCGUCCCAGGCCCUGCUCUGCCCUGCACCUGCCUCCUGCAGGCGCAUCUUCUUUUCUUCCAUGAACUGCAGGGCAGGCGGGAAAAGUAGAUCUGAGUGCUCUGGUGGCAGCAUGGAGAAAAACCACACUGCCGUUCUGCUGCCCAGGGACGAUGACUGCCUGGGUCUCUUGGCGCUGCCCCUCCUGCUUGAGGUGGCACAGAGCAGAGGGGAGGGCUUGGCUUCAGGCCAAGGUGCAGGAAUCACUGUUCGAGUCUCUCCCACUCGGCUUUGGCAAAUGGAAAUAUUGGGGGUGAAGAAAAACAAUCACUAUUUUUUCUUUUCUAAUCUGGUAAAAAUAAUUAAAAGAGAAAAACAUCA